UCGUAAGUUUACAAUAAUUCCUCUCUAAACAUCACCGCAUCUUCAGGAGCCAACGCCGUGGACGAGCAAAUACAAGAAUUGGCUCGCUGCUCACGCUUAUUCGAAGGCAAAUCGUCUGCGAAUGCGCACGCGUGCCGCGUCGCCGUCUACCGUCAGUUUCAUAGUUAGAGCCUAACGUUCUCACGUUACGUGAUAAGAAUUGAUGUUAGUGUUUUCGUGUGGCCAUAAAUUACAAACAAGACCAUGUGUGGAUAGGACGUGCAAACUCGUAUUAAUGGUAAUGUUUUCAAAUUAAGCGACCGUCGUUGCGGCACGGUAAAUGUGUUCAUUAAACAAAUUCAGUUAGAGUUAGAUGUUAGUGAUGCCUGGACACACUGGAAGUCCGUAUUGGGCGGCGGUGGACUUCGACAGCGAAGGUGAUGAUGACCAAUCGCCACAAUCUCAUCGCCGACUGUACCUCGACCCGUGGGACAACGACGCGUUUGGGAUGAUUCAUGGAGAUAGCCCGGAAUCCAGCCAAGGUGAUCUAAUGAAUUCUUUCGCCGGCGAACCAGUCAGCGCCAGCUUUUAUUAUGUUCCCACCAAGAACUACGAUUCUGGGGAAGAUUUCCCGUCGCCUAUGAAACGAAUUGUUCCACCCGAAGAUAUACCGGUAUACCCUAUGCAUGGACGAAAGUCUUCGAAGAUAGCUAUACCGGAAUACCCCGAUAUGCCGAUUUACAAUACCAGACAUAUUCCUGAUCGAAGACGUUCAAUGUACCUAGACGAGCCCUUGUAUGUGCAUCAUCCAAUGGUUUACGAAACACCGUACACAUAUGCACCUCCUCCGGAUUACAUGACGCAUAGACCACGCAUGUCACUACAUCACCCGCCGGACUACAUGAUGGCGAACCUCUACAACAAGCAUAGAAGAACCUCCAGGAUGGCAGAGGCAUACGAGCAAUGCGUUUACGAAAGCUUAUCGCCGGAGUAUGAAGAUUGGGCGCGGCCGUUUCCAAAAACGGCGCCCGACAACUUCCACCUAUCGAGGUACGGUCACUUGCAGAUCGACUAUUCCUGCAGCUGGAAUUCACUCGAUAGACUUAUUCGUAACCAUUGAAGAUCAUCAACAUUCUACAACUUCUAGACUGAAAGAAAGUAUGUGGCUACACUUUCCAUAAACGUCAGAGGCUA